AUGACCCCGGCCCAUUCGAUGGCGCGAUUACCGCCACUUCUGCUCGUCUCCAGCUUUCUCAAUUUCGCUUCAGGCCUUACACUACCGCAACCGACAAAGACGGUCGCAUUCCAUGAAAUCAACGCGGCAUCAUAUCCUCUCGCUGCGACAGCUGCGCCAGAUGACUCAUUUCUGCAAAGACGACAAUUCAACACAGUCUGUGGUUACAUAGGAGGUGACCCAGGACUACCAGCGACUUGUUCUGCUGGUUCACAUUGUGUGGUUGAUGUCGAUCAUGGAGCUGUGGGGUGCUGUCCUGAUGGCGGAUCUUGCACCCAGGGAGUGUUUACAGAUUGUGUGGAUGCAGGCAGUGGACCACAAACCGAAGUGAAUCCAUAUGUUUUCUCGUGUCGAGGGAACGAUUUGUGCUACAAGAAUAGCUUUGAAGGGGGUUUCUUCCAAUAUGGAUGUGGUUCAGCGACAAAUUUGGCGACCAAUGUGGUGGCUUCUGCAUCGGGGAAGAGCGCUAUUCAACUUACUAGCUUGAGCGUUCCCCUUACUGCACCAGUAACCUCACUAUCCGACCCAACGACACUAGGAACAAGGAGAAGAACAUCCGAGACCGAUUCCUCUGCCACGGAAGCGACAACAACAGGAAGCGCGACCACGGAAUCCACAGGCACAUCAUCGACAGAAACAACAGAAUCAUCCUCAACAGAAUCAACAACACAGUCAGAAACUUCAUCAACAGAGACAGAAAGCUCAACGGCAUCGGAGAGCGAAACCGAAACCGACACAGCCAGUGGAACUUCUGAGACUGCAGACCCUUCGGCUACCGAUUCUGACGCUUCAGCUCCCGACACUGACGGUGAUGACAAUGGCUCCCAGAACACAGGCGCUAUCGUCGGCGGAAUUAUUAGUGGUGUAGCAGCGCUCGCAGCCCUCGUGGUUCUUGGAGUUUGGCUCUGGAAGCGCAAGAAGGGAAAUACACGCCAGGGGCCAGGCGUGAAACCGCAAGUGCAGCGUAUUGGUCCCCCGUUAGAGAACAAUCAUAGUUUCGCUCCUGUGCCCCCUAUGCGGGAAGCCGAUAAGAUGGCCCCGCCCCCACCGGUCCCCGUUACUGACCAGCGGAGCAUGAAUCCAAUUGUUGAGCACGAUGGACCUUACGCGGAGCCUUGGGAUCCCCAAUCUCAGUACGGGUACUCGGCAUCGGCUGUUGGUGGAGGUGCACAGAUGGAACACGACGAGGUGCCGUUGACGAGAGACGACGAUUUCAACACACUACACAGUUACAAUACCGGCUUGGGACGUAUUAGUGAAGAAGAACCACGGCCGGGACAAGCUAUCACUACGUCAGGCCAUAUGAGCAGUCCUCUUCAACCGCCAUACAACCCUCGCCGCGACGGAGGAGGACCAUUGUGGCAGCAGAACCGUGGUCCCGGAUGGUUUUAA